UAUAGCAUUAUUGGUCAAUAAUAAUAUCUUGUGGUGCUGGUCCCCUUGAUUUCAUUAUACUUUUCGUCCACCUCCUCCAACUUUAAAGCUUUCACAUUCCCAGUUUUAAAAGCAGGUAACCUAUCUAUCUCUUCACAAUUCCUCUACCUCUACCUCUCUAUCUGGUUUAACUGCAACCACUUCUCCCUUCUCUGAAAUCUGAAUUUGGAACCUUCAUCUUCUCUCUGACUCUUCCUCUAGCUGGUUUUAGCUUUCAUGGAGACCCCAGUUCUUUUCACCCCAACACUCCCCACAUUCUUCACCAUGUUCUUGCUCAUCUAUCUCUUCGCUAGAUUCGUGCUUUUUCGAAGCUGGGGUCCCAAACAUAGGCCAGAAGCUUCCAGCUGUGUAAUAUCUCUAGCUCAUAGCACUCCUGCAGUUUUCAUGGCGAUCCAUGCACUAAUUCAUAGCCAGACAACUUCCAUUUUCGCCUCCCACAACACAGCUUUCGAAAACACUGUGCUUGAAUACAGCAUAGCUUACUUCUUGGUUGACCUUCUUCACUACUUGCUCUUCUUCCCUUCUGAAGUCCUCUUCAUUCUUCACCACCUGGCCACACUGUACGUGUUUUUGACUUGCCGCUAUGUGGUUCAUCAUGGGGCUUAUGCCAUCAUCGUGCUUCUUUUUCUUGCUGAGAUCACCAGCGGUUGCCAGAACGUGUGGACACUUGCGAGUUUUCAAAGGGAUGAUUCGGCUUCUGCUGCAAAACUGUAUGACUUCUUGUCUCCUCGGUUUUAUGCUUUUUACACUGUUUUUAGAGGGGUUCUGGGGCCUCUGUUUAUGUUUAAGAUGGGGUUGUUCUAUGCGAGUGGGGUGGCCGGAGAAGAAGUUCCGACAUGGGCGUGGGUUUCUUGGAUGGUUGUGAUUGUAAUAGCUAUCUGUGUUAGCAUAUUGUGGGUUUUGAGUCAUUGGAAAGAUUGGUACAGAGACAAAGUUCAGAAGAAAGAGAGGUAGAGUUGCCUCUGGUGCUUUCCCUUUUGUUCAUAGUAAAAGGAUAAGAUCAUGUAUUGUUUGUAAUGUAGAAUUAGAUUAGGGUCUUUAUGGAGAAGGUUCCUGAUUGACCAUUCAGGGUCUCACAUUAACGAUAUAUAUACAUGAAUUUGAUCAUAGUGAAUCUGGUUGAGGAUACAAGUCAUUACAUCAAGUAUAGGAAUCUGUUGUGAAUGUAUUAGAUUUUAACCAAAUAACAGAAUAAAGUUUGACACCUAGAAUCUGCA